GAGGCAUGCAGAGAGGCGCGGUGUACUUCCCCACCUGGGCCCAACCUGGGGCCAGAUGCCAAUGCCAAUGGUGAAGGGCCACGGACCACGGUUCCACCCUUCAGGCAUUCCUCGAAGCAGCAGGAAGGCCCGAGUACCCCGCGCUAGAGGCAAUGCCCAGUUUAUGCUGAGUUUGCUAGGUUGUUGAUGUCAGAGAUCUGCAAAGGAUUCAAUCCAGAGAAUUUUCACGGAUAAGACUUGAUCCUGGGUGCAUUCUGCAAUGGGUACAGGCGUGGGCACUGUUCACAAUUGCAUUUUGAUGAGCGUUAAGGGGAAAAUAGGGACUUUGUCAGGAAGACUUGAUUUCCUGACUGUCUGCGUGUAGGAGGGUUCUGACGGCGGGAAUUGCCGGUCUUCCAGACUCGAAGAGACGCAGUCCUUGCUGCCGAGGAACGGAUUGAAUUGGUUGGACUUGAGCAGUCAAAUGGGAUUGGCUGCAACUAGAACUUGAAGGAUCGAGGACUUAAGACCCAUUAGAAAGCUAUUUGACACUUGCGCACAAUUUACGCAGCCGCCGUUGGAAAGAGAUUGGGAGUACUUGAGAAGACCCUGUGAUAUGCAGAUGCAAUAGCCUAAGGUCAGGGAUUGAUGAGCAGUCAUUAACUGCAUUGAGAACUAUUCUCAAAAACGGCGACCAGCAGACCUGCUGAGAAUCUGCAGGCAUGUUUACUCGAGGGGGGGCGAUGGAUAAGACCACUGAGCAGUACGUUACGGCACUCAAGAAGGGCGCCACACUGCUCAAGUAUGGCCGCCGCGGCAAGCCCAAGUUCUGCCCGUUCCGCCUGUCUCAAGACGAGAUGGAGCUCAUCUACCACCUGGGAAAGGACGAAAAAUACCUGAAGCUGUCCACCGUAACCUCCCUCUCGACGGGCCAGAAGACUGCCGUGUUUCAGCGGCACCCGCGCCCCCACCAGGACCACUUGUCCUUCAGUCUGAUCCACAGCGGUGGAGAGAGGAGCCUUGACUUGAUCUGCAAGGAUGAGGACGAGUUCGAGAUAUGGUACAAGGGCCUGAAGGCGCUGUUUUUGGCUCAUCAGCGACGGCUGCACUCUGCGGGUCAACAGAGCAGCCCUGUUCGUUCUUUGAAGGACGCGGCAGGGUACUUUCACAGCGAGUCGAAUCUCACCAACCGGACCACCAUCUCCACGAGGUCCACCCCGCCUGCAUCUCCCCAGUCCGCCCUUUUGGAAUACCACCCCCCCGCCAAGCCAGACGCGCGGCCCCUCAGCCGAAGCGCCUCAGCAGGAGAGGCCAUCGCAACCGUCCGAUCCCUGGACGGCAAACGGCCGACGUACGAGCCGUCGGACAGCGGGGCCAGCGUCGUCGAGGGGCUGCCGAUGCGCUCGGUCUCGUCCGAGCUCCCGCGGGUGCUCCUCUCGAGCGCCGCCAGCACGUCAUCGAACAACGACGACGAGAACCUGGGCGACGUGUACAUGUGGGGGGAGGGUCUUGGAGACGGCGUUCUUGGGGGGGGGAGCUUACGCGUCGGGAGCGGGGGGCCGGGGGCCCACGUGGACGCGUUGAUGCCGAAGCUGAUGGAAUCGACGGUCGUUCUCGACGUGCAAAUGAUUGCGUGCGGGGGCCGGCAUGCGGCGCUGGUGAACCGGCAGGGGGAGACGUUUUGCUGGGGGGAGGAGGCGGGGGGGCGGCUCGGGCACGGGGUUGAUAGCGACGUGCAGCAGCCGGAGAUCGUGGACGGGUUUGCGGGGGUGCAGAUGGAGAAGGUAGCGUGUGGGGAGUACCACACAUGCGCGGUGUCGACAUCGGGCGAACUCUUCACGUGGGGGGACGGAUCGUACGGCUGUGGGCUGCUGGGUCACGGAAACGAUCUGAGCCAUUGGAUGCCAAAGCGGAUCGAGGCUCUCGACGGGAUCAAGAUCGCGGAGGUUGCUUGCGGUCCCUGGCACACGGCUGCGGUCUCGACGUCGGGGCGACUUUACACCUGGGGGGAUGGCACGUUUGGAGCGCUAGGGCACGGGACAAGAGCUACCGUAACCACGCCGCGCGAAGUCGAGACGUUGAAGGAGCUCCGGGUGUCAAAAGUCGCAUGCGGGGUGUGGCACACUGCGGCCGUUGUCGAGCACACGACUGCAGAUGGGCUUUCGUCACUCAACCGGCUAUACACGUGGGGGGACGGGGAUAAGUGCCGGCUGGGCCAUGGGAACAAGGAGACCAAAUGGGUCCCCACCGUCGUCGAGGCGCUGCUGGGGGAGUCGGUGGUCCAGGUCGCAUGCGGGCACAGCAUGACCGUUGCCCUAACUAGCGCGGGGUCCGUUUUCACGUGCGGCAGCGGGGUGUACGGACAGCUGGGCAACCCGUCCGCGUCCGGAAAGGUGCCCCAGCUCGUUGAGGGGAAGCUCAAGGGCCAGUUCGUGGACCAAAUUGCCUGCGGGGCCUUCCACGUUGUCGCGCUAACCAGCACGCAGCACAUCUACUCAUGGGGAAAGGGCGCGAACGGACGCCUCGGGAUGGGUGACACCAAGGAUCGGGAGUUUCCCACACUAGUAGAAGCGCUGAAAGACAAGCAGGUCGUCGCUAUUUCCUGCGGGUCGAGCUUCACCGCCGCCAUCUGCACCCACAAGUGGGCCUCGGGCGAGGACCACUCCAAGUGCAACCACUGCAAGAACGCGUUCACACUCACCCGGCGGCGCCACAACUGCUACAACUGCGGCCUCGUCUUCUGCCACAGUUGCAGCAGCAAGAAGGCGCUCAAGGCCGCGCUCUCGCCCAACCCGGCCAAGCCGUCGCGGGUCUGCGAUACGUGCUUCAACAAGCUCUCGAAGGCGGCAGACAUUGGGGACUCGUUCACCCUCCCCGCGUGGAAGAUGGGUGUUCCGAAGAACAACGUGCGGUCAGUCGGGAAAGCGCCGGUCGCGCCUCCGAAGCCCGCCCCUGCCAACGACCCGUUGCCAUAUCGGACAAACGUCAGCGGCCCGGGCAGAAAGGAAGGUGCUCGGACCGGUCGCGUCACUCCCUCCCCCUUCCCGAACGCCUCCGACGGACGCCCCCCCCCUGCCAUCGCACAAAACCCUGCCGUUGCCAACCUUCGCGAGCGCCCCCCUGCCUCCCGGACCCCCCCUCGGGGCCAGAGCCCAACGCGGCGGGGGGCUGCGCCGAACAGCGGGUCGUCUUCGCCGAGGGGGGGCUACGAGGAGCUCAAGAGGAUCAACGAUUCGCUGCACCAGGAGGUUGUGAGGUUGAACGCGCAGGUGGAGAAGCUGGCGGUGGAGAAGCUGGCGGUGCGGUGCGAGGAACUAGAGGAGGAGAGCCGGUUCGUGCGGGCGGACGCUGAGAAAAAGGUCGCGCAAGCAAAUGCAGCCGCCCAUGAGGAGGCAAACAAGGGGCGCGCCUCGGAGGAGGUCAUCCGCUCGCUGCUCGCCCAGAUCCAAGACAUGGCGGAACGGCUCCCGGAGGACUCGUACCGGUACGGCCGCAUCGGCGCAGUGCCCAUCAAAGCGAACGAGACGUCUCCUGUCACACGGAGUCCGGAAGGGUCGAUAUGCGACGACGCGCCGCCACCUGUUUCAGCGGACCCCCGGUUACGAGCCUUCAGCCUGAGCCCUGCAACUGGGUUGGCGAAUCGACCAAUGGAGUUGUCUGUCUUCCAGUCGGCGAAGUGGGACGUCGAAACCAGCCCCCGGGGCUCUCCUCUCAACCUCAGCAUGACGAGCUCCCAGGGGGGCGGCCAAAGCAUCGAAACCGAUUCCCUCAACGAGAAGAGCACGGUUGUUUCUACGGAGGGGGCCUUCGCAACAGUGACGGAAAAACCCCCCAGGCCGGGACGGUCCAAAUUCAGCGCGAGCUCAGAGUCGAGAGACGGGGAGCGAGUCGAGCAGGUGUCGCAAGGGGUGUAUUUGACGCUCCGGACAAACUCGCAGGGAGAGAUGGAGCUGAAACGAGUGCGCUUCAGCCGGAAGUUGUUCAGCGAGUCGGAGGCUGAGCGAUGGUGGGCCGAGAAUCGGGCGCGAGUGUUAGGCAACUUUGGAAUCCACGUCACUUGAGAUGCACGCCGCUCGUUGGUGCAAUCUUGAGGUGUACUUUGCAAAGCCACAUUCAAGGAUCGAAAGUUUUGUCUCUAGCGUGCCAAGAAUGUUGUUACUCGUUUCGAACAUUAUACGUUCACAAUAUACAAAGAUAGCAAGUCCCCCUGCAAAAGCCUUUUGCGUAAUGGGGCCACUCAAUACGAGCCGGAAGAUCUAUUGAAGAUAUCAGUCUCAGGAUGUGUAAGAUAGUCAGGCGUAGUAUUACAUUCGAAGUGCGGACCUGUUUCAAAGAAUUGUGACAGCCGUCUCACCAGCCGCACAAAAAAGUUGCUUCAAUCGGCGGUUCAUUUGGUGGGGGCAGCAAGAUGUGGGGAGAAGCGGUGGGGUCUAUCAGCCCAC